AAAGGAUCAAGCAUCCCUGAGUUUCAAACAGAAACUUGCACUGAAUACAUUCAAAGAACUAUCAAGAAAUGGGGACCUGGAUUUUAUUUGCCUGCCUCCUGGGAGCAGCUUUUGCCAUGCCUCUACCACCUCAUCCUGGGCACCCUGGUUAUAUCAACUUCAGCUAUGAGAACUCACAUUCUCAGGCUAUCAAUGUUGACAGGACUGCAUUAGUGCUUACCCCUUUGAAGUGGUACCAGAGCAUAAGGCCACCGUACCCUUCCUAUGGUUACGAGCCCAUGGGUGGAUGGCUGCACCACCAAAUCAUCCCCGUGCUGUCCCAACAGCACCCCCCGACUCACACCCUGCAGCCUCAUCACCACAUCCCAGUGGUGCCAGCUCAGCAGCCCGUGGUCCCCCAGCAACCAAUGAUGCCCGUUCCUGGCCAACACUCCAUGACUCCAACCCAACACCACCAGCCAAACCUCCCUCCGCCCGCCCAGCAGCCCUACCAGCCCCAGCCUGUUCAGCCACAGCCUCACCAGCCCAUGCAGCCCCAGCCACCUGUGCACCCCAUGCAGCCCCUGCCGCCACAGCCACCUCUGCCUCCGAUGUUCCCCAUGCAGCCCCUGCCUCCCAUGCUUCCUGAUCUGACUCUGGAAGCUUGGCCAUCAACGGACAAGACCAAGCGGGAGGAAGUGGAUUAAAAGAUCAGAAUAUGAGAGGGGAAUGAAUACUUCAGUUGCUUUCAGGAAUGACACAAGAACACAAUGAUUUUUGCUUAUAAUCACUUUACUUAGCAAAUUCUGUAACUAAAAAAGUACCAUUAGCAGACAAUAAAAUGCAUUAAAAAUCA